AUGACGGAAGUCGUGCAUUCGACGUUUUUCCUGGUGCUCCGAUUUUUCUUCGCGUUCCUGGCAAUAGGCGGGAACAUCUUCAUCAUAGCUACGAUACAACGCUAUCGACAGUUACGGUCGAAAUCGUAUAACGGGUUGAUUUGUUUGCUGGCAUUUUCUGAUGUUAUUGUAGGUGUUGGUCUUUUGACACGGGCUGCGGCUACAAUUGUUCAUAUGAUGGAGGAGCGGCACGAUUAUACGCCAAUGCACUGCGUCUCGAUCGGCGCUCCAAAUGUGUUCGGGAUCCAUUUGAGUCAACUGUCAAUGCUUUGCAUUGCCUUUGAUCGUCUGUAUGCUAUUCUAAGCCCUAUCGGGUAUAAACACCGGGAUCCGUAUGCCUAUCCCCUCAAAUGUCUCCUAUUUUGCGUGGUGUUCAGCUGUGUCGGGCUGGUUUUUCUGUUUGUAGGCGUCGAAAACGAUCAUAUCGCGCGGGUUUGCAAUAUUGGUGACAGUAAGCCGAACGGGAUUUUCGUUAUGUAUUGGACGAUAUUCUUCUCGAUUGUCACGAUUCUACUCUUUGGCGCCUACGGUAUCACGUUAUUUUUGGUGCGGCGCGGGUUUUCGAUUCAACGAAAAGCCGAGCUGGAGAGGGAAUAUUCACGGCAGACACGGGUUUUUGUCACAAUCUCCAUCGUGUUGCUGUCCCACUUUUUGUGUACGGUAGUUCCACUACUAUUUAUCGCUGGAGGAUUGGUAUUUAAGGCGUCGCCCUCCUAUUUCUCGUAUGUUGUGCUCGUGACGGGAUUUCUCUCCGGCGUCAACGCCUCGAACAACAUUUUCAUCUACGGAUGGAAAUAUAAGGAAAUGCGUCGAUAUAUGGGGCUGAUGAUCCGCUGCCGGGAUGGCCCUCAUCUACAGCGCGAAACGUCGCUAUUUUUCUCGAAUGCGCGCGGCGAUGUUUAUGUC